UAACCUGCAAAAGAGCGAGACAAAACGAAGGACUCCAGAGUGCAGCGACAUUUUUAAAAUACAGUUCUUAGUAGAAGAGACGGAAAUCAUUGCCGGCUUGUGUGCCAUUUUUCAUAUAAAUAAGUUUAUUUUGUCGAUUAUUUUAUACGCAAACUUUUGUUGUUGAGUCCCUUAGUAAAUUGAGCUAAUUGUUUUGUGACGAAAAUGUCUGUUGCGCCCAGGAAAAUUGAAAGCAGUACGGCUGAUGAUAUUCCUCUGGAAUUGUAUGAUGCCUCCACGAAAACCAAAUAUCAGCGAGCAAGAUAUUUUGGAAAGGGAGGAUUUGCAAAGUGCUAUGAAAUUAUCGACGUUUCCACCAAGAAAGCAUAUGCAGGCAAAGUUGUGUCGAAGACCUUGAUGGUAAAGGACAGUCAAAAGGAAAAAAUGACUCAAGAAAUAUCUAUUCAUAGAUCUCUGUGCCACAAGAAUGUUGUCCAAUUUCACAGUUUCUUUGAUGAUAAGAUCAAUAUUUAUAUCGUCCUGGAAUUAUGUCAGAGAAGGUCUAUGAUGGAGCUUCAUAAACGCAGAAAGACAAUAACAGACUUUGAAUGUCGUUACUAUAUUCAUCAAAUAUUGCAAGGACUGAAAUAUCUACAUGAUCUCAAGAUUAUCCAUCGUGACAUUAAAUUGGGAAACCUAUUUUUGAAUGAGGAAAUGACGGUGAAAAUAGGAGAUUUUGGUUUGGCCACAAGAAUUGAAUAUGAAGGUGAGAGAAAAGAGACCAUCUGUGGAACACCAAAUUACAUUGCGCCUGAAAUUCUAAAUAAAAAAGGCCAUUCGUAUGAAGCUGAUAUUUGGUCUGUGGGUUGUGUUAUGUACACAUUAUUGGUAGGACGACCACCAUUUGAGACAAAAUCUCUGAAGGAUACCUAUUCGAAAAUCCGAAAAUGCGAAUACAAGAUUCCGAAUGUUUUACGGGCCACUGCUGCUGAUAUGAUUGUGGCUAUGUUGCAACCUCAUCCAUCGAAGAGACCAAGCGUAAACAAAUUAUUCAAUUUUGAAUUCUUAACGGGUAGUGCCAUUCCGCUCUCACUGCCAACAUCAUGUCUCACAAUGCCCCCAAGGGCUGACCAGCUAGAAUACAUGGAUCGUUUAGGAAAUCGCAAACCAUUAUCAAUUAUGAAUGGCAUGACUUACGUUCCCGUGAAGCAAAAACCAAGCCCAUAUAAACCAAGUCCACGGAAAGAACCAAAUAAGAUGGGUCCAUAUCCAAAUGACAAGGCUUAUCAUCGUGAUGUUAAGCAUCUUCAGAGAGAUUUACAAGCACUCCUUACAGAGCUUGACAAAAAACCUAGCAAGACGAAUGUAGUUAUGACAUUGGAGAAUACAGAUCCGGCAUCUCAGCCAUUGUUUUGGGUAUCCAAAUGGGUGGAUUACAGUGACAAGUAUGGUUUUGGCUAUCAAUUGUGUGAUGAAGGUGUUGGCGUUUUGUUCAACGAUGCUACCAAAUUAAUAAUUCUCAGCAAUGGAAUCAAUGUGCACUUCAUCGAUCGAAAUGGAGGUGAAACAUACAUGACAAUGGAACAAUUUCCAUCUGAGAUUGAUAAAAAGAUUAGACUUCUUACAUACUUCAAGCGCUACAUGUCAGAACACUUGGUGAAAACGGGAGCAUCCAAUGUGACUGAAUUAGAUGCCAUCUCCAGAGUGCCACAUUUGUACGCUUGGUUCAGGACACAUUGUGCAGUGAUUAUGUAUCUGACCAAUGGAACUGUUCAGUUGAACUUUUCUGACCACAUCAAAAUCAUUCUAUGUCCUUUGAUGCAAGCUGUUACAGUGAUUGAGCCAGACAAGAAUUUCCGCACAUACACUUUUGCUGCUCUGCUAUCAAGUGGAUGUUCGGCUGAUUUGUUGGAUAAAUUGCGAUAUGCUGCUGACCGACUAAGUGCAUUUUUUGAAGGACAAUAACAUGCU